CAGCAGUGUAGCAACAAAACCAUUCCUAUCAAACAAACAGUGGGCAUCAGGCCUACAUACCUCAAUAAACUGUUCCUUGUAUUCGUCACACAAACAAGCCAUUAGUGAAUUCUCAUCUUAUCCUCUUCAACCAUUAGCGUUGGUUGUUGGAUCAUACAUCGGAUAUGGGACUUCCACAAAACAUCGACGAUCACAGGCUUCUCAGACUUCUUUUGUUCCUGUAUAUCAGUCUGUCUUCUUCUUCACUUAGUCAAGGAAAAGAGCUCCCCUACAUGACUGCAGAUGUCAAGGAAGUCUCAGGCAUGUCCUUUGAUUAUAUUGUAGUCGGGGGAGGAACUACCGGCUGUCCCCUGGCUGCAACCUUGUCUGAGAAAUUCUCGGUAUUGUUGGUAGAACGGGGCAGCUCACCUUAUGGAAAUCCCCUUAUUACAGACAUAGAGUACUACGGGCUUUCUUUGAUACAAACUGACGAAUACUCAUCUGUUGCACAAGUUUUCAUCUCCCAAGACGGUGUUAGCAACUUAAGAGGACGAGUUCUUGGAGGAUCCUCAGCUAUAAAUGGUGGUUUCUAUAGCCGGGUCAGUGAGGAUUUUGUUAAGCAAGCUGGGUGGGAAGAGGAACUGGUUCAAGAUUCUUAUAAAUGGGUGGAAUCCAGAGUUGUGUUCACACCUAAGUUAGCUCCAUGGCAGACUGCUGUUGAGUUUGGUUUCCUUGAAGCAGGAAUUCUACCUUACAACGGUUUCAGUUUAGAGCAUAUCCAGGGAACAAAAAUAGGAGGAAGUAUCUAUGGUAAAUUUGGAAAAAGACACUCCUCCGCUGAUCUUUUAGAGGCUGGGAAUCCUAGUAAAAUCACAGUACUGUUAAAUGCAACGGUGAAGAGUCUCAUCUUCCAAGACAAUACAGGUGACAGAAAUGAGAGCAGAGUUCGCGGGAUAAAGUUUGUGAAAAGUGAUGGCAGCACAGAUCAAACUUAUGAAGCUUAUCUCAAUCAGCCAAAGAAUUCAAGCUCAUGGGGUGAUGUUAUUUUGUCAGCAGGAGCAUUAGGCAGCCCCCAGCUCUUACUUUUAAGCGGCAUUGGGCCAAGAAAACACCUAGAAAAGUUCAAUAUCUCAACCAUGGUCGAUCUAGAAGGAGUUGGAAAAGAGAUGAAAGACAACCCUGGAAUUGCUCUUGUGUUUAACCCUCCACCAAAGUCAAGACAAAAUCAACAAGCAGAGCCGCCGCAAGUUGCAGCCAUAGCAAGCAACUUCAAAUUCAUAAUAGAAGCAGGAGUUAUACCAGUUAGCUUCAAUUCAACAAGGAUGGGAAUAGCUGCCAAGGUUGCAUUCCCUGAGUCUAAAGGAAUGCUCAAGCUACAAAACACAGACCCGAGGAAAAACCCUUUGGUGAAAUUCAACUAUCUAACCAAAGAAAAGGACGUGGAUGAAUGUGUAAACAUGGUACGUGCGCUUGAGCAUGUUGCAAUGUCAGAAUCAGUAUCUUUGUUCCUGGGAAUUCAGCCUCAAGACAAGAAUCUGACGAGGAGUGAAGAUGAACUUAGACAGUUUUGCAAGAAGAAUGUGAGGACCUAUUAUCACUUCCAUGGAGGCUGUGUUGUUGGAAGGGUUGUUGACCAGGAUUACCGGGUGCUUGGGGUUGAAGGAUUGAGAGUAGUAGAUGGAUCAACUCUACUAGAAUCACCAGGAACAAAUCCAAUGGCUACACUCUUGAUGCUAGGGAGAUAUCAAGGAAUCAAAAUACUCAGACAGAGGGAAGUGGCUUCUGCAUUUGGAGCCCAUCAUGCUACAUAGAAUACCCAGUUGACAUUUAUAUCUUGUCUCAGUCAUAUAAUCUUUACAUUAUGUUUGGAACAAAUAAAUAAGUUAUACUAAACAUAUAUCUAAAGAUAUGAACUUUAGAAUUCAAACGAUUAUGGCAUAAAUGGGCAACGAAUUGAAACCAAAAUAUUUAAUCUUAUUCAUUGACCUGCAAAGGAAACUAUUCUCAGGAAAAAAAAAAGUUCCAUCUACAUGUCAUUCCCCAUGAACGGAAGAAAAGAAGCAAGAAGAAUCCUUAGAAGCAUGUCUAAACCUCCAUUUCAUUGACAUGUCUGGGGGUUGAAGAAGCGUCGUCCUCACUAAAAUCAACUGGAAAGAGGUUCCCCUCCAAGAAAAUUUCUACGUCUCCUACUGUUGAAAGAGAAACUAACCCAAAUCUCCAUCUCAACUCUCACCUCUCCCUCUCUCG